AUGGAGAGGUCCAGCAGAGUGGCUCCUGUGAAGAAGGGUGGCGAGAAGAAGAAUGGCCAUUCUGCCAUCAACAGAGUAGUGACCAGAGAAUACACCAUCAACAUUCACAAGCACAUCCAUGGAAUGGGUUUCAAGAAGUGUGCCUCAGGGGCACUCAAAGAGAUCCGGAAAUUUGCCAUGAAGGAGAUGGGAACUCCAGAUGUGCACAUUGACACCAGGCUCAACAAAGCUGUCUGGGCCAAAGGAAUAAAGAAUGUUCCAUACUGUAUCUGUGUGUGGUUGUCCAGAAAACAUAACGAGGAUGAAGAUUCACCAAACAAGCUCUACACGUUGGUUACCUAUGUACCUGUCACCACUUUCAAAAAUCUACAGACAGUUAAUGUGGAUGAUAACUAUUUGCUGAUUGUCAAAUAA